AAGAUUUGAUGAAAAGUGUCGCAGUCCUAGAUUGCACGGAAAUACCAAAUGAAGUUGUAAAUUUUGUGUCCCAAAAAGCUGGAUUGGAAUACAUUGAUACGCUAUUGUCAAAACGAAAUGUCACUUAUGUCAUUUCUGUCAUAGCAAAAGAUCGUUUAAAGAUUGUUGGACGCUCUAUCGAGGAAUGUUCAAACUUGAAAAGUUGCUUGUGUGAAAACAUUAGUAAAGUUUCCGUCCAUUUACCGGAUGAGAAUGAGCACAUUUUCUUCUCAAGUCAAUGGCAUGAAAUUUUGAAAUCCUUAGAAGCUGAAAGUUUAGUUGAAUAUAAAGUUGAGUCAGACAAAAGUUUAAGACGUAGUGUAAUCAUUUUUGGUGUCAAAGAACUGGUUGUAAAAUACGCCACAAAACUGAAGGACCUAAUGCAUUCUCUGAAAAUUGUUUGCAAUAAAAUGGUUUUAGCGCCAAGCAUUUCUCGUUUUAUGAAAGAAGUAAUGGAAAGUGAAAUUCAUGCUCUUGAAGCUGAUUUUAAAAAGGAAAAUGUUAAAAUUGAAAUUAGAGACUGCGAGUGUGAGAUCAAAGGUACAGAGCAAGGAAUUGUAAAAGUUCGCGCAAAGUUUGAAGAAUUGAAGAGUAAAAUUAUGUUUGAACUUAAAGAGUUUUCCAGUCUUGGUCUGGGCAAGCUAUUGUCCAGUGAAAACGGUAAACUAAUUCUGAAAGGCAUUGAAACUGAAAAUAAUGUAGUAAUAGAAAUUCUGAAUGGCUUUGGGUCGUCGGCAGAUGUCAUGAAUUUUACACGUGAAACUGCUGGUUUGGUCGACAAUGAACCGUUUAAUGUAUGUAAUUUUAAAACCACAGAGGGAAUCAACGUUUCAUGGAAAUAUGGCAACAUUGAGAGAGAAAGGGCUGAUGUUUUAGUAAAUUCAGCUACAUCCAAUCUUAACACACCUUCGAUGAUUGGGAAGGCCAUGAAUACAUUUGGCGGAUCGCUUUAUGUGUCGGAAUGUAGUAACUUUACAAAUGUUGCAUAUGGAGACGUUGUGACAACUAGUGGAGGUAAUCUUCGAUGUAAAUAUGUUGUUCAUGCAGUGUGCUGUGACUGGCAAAAUGAAGAACGUUGUAAGCAAUUUCUCAAAGAUCUCAUCAUCAAAAUUUUGAUCGAAUGUGAGAAAUGCUCAGCAAAGUCUGUGGCAAUGCCUUUAAUUGGAGCUGGAAAGCACAAGUUUCCGGAGGAUGUCGUUUUGCAUAAAAUGAAAGAAGCAGUGAUUUUGUUCAGCUCAACUUUCAAAAGAAAUUCAUUGCAAGAAAUCAGGCUGAUUAGAUUCGAAGGGAAAAAAUCGAAUGAUCAAGUUAUGAGUCACAUGGAUAGACAAAAUACUAAAAGAAAACACAAGAGAAACGUCCUACGCAAGACAAUACCUACGCCCUAUCCAAUGGUACUAAGUGAAGAUUCUGAAGAAACUUUAAAAUUUCAGUUUUACGCUCAAUCAUUGAAUGAUAUUUCAGCUGCAGUGAGCAAAAUUGAGAAUUUCAUUCAGUUGCACAUAACAUCAAAAACGAUAGAAAAUGAAAAACUUCGAGACGUUGUGGAUGGAAACUUGAAUGAAUUUAAGCGACUGGCUAUAGUGAACGGUGUAAAAAUUGUUUGUGAAUGUGCUGAGUCUCUUUCAAUCGAAGGAAGGUUGGAAGAUGUUGUAGAAACUAAAGAAAAGGUUUUCGAGUUGAUCAACGAAUAUGCUGACUAUGCUGACCAGGAACAUAGAUCUAGAGAAAUAGAAAGAUUAUUUCCCAUCGAGUGGGAAACCCAACAUGAAGAUCUGCAAGUCAAACUAGUGCGUCUGUCAACGCAUUCAUCUGAGUAUCUUAAGGUACUCAAUCAUUUUGUUGAAAAUGGUGGUGAACAAGAUGACCUUCGUCGGGUCGAAAGAGUUCAAAACCCGCGACUGUACUCGUUGUAUAUGACGUCAAAAAAAUCUGGGAUUGGUAAUGAGAAAUGGCUCUUCCACGGCACAGAUGAAGCAAAUAUUAACUCAAUUAAUGCUCACAAUUUCAGUCGGAGCUUUGCAGGUGUCAACGGUGUUGCGUAUGGUAAUGGUGUGUAUUUUGCUUGUAAUGCCUCAUACUCAAUGCGAUACGCAAAAAGACAGUUGACACUAGCACCAAAAAUGUAUCUGGCAAAAGUCCUUGUUGGAGAGUACACAACAGGAGCCCCUGGAUUGAAAGCACCUCCCUUAAAAAAUGAUCCUAACAAUCCUGGUCUACGAUAUGACUCAGUUGUUGAUAACUUAUUGAUUCCAAAAAUGUUCAUUAUAUUUCAGGACAACCAAUAUUAUCCUGAAUACCUACUCACUUUAAACUCAGACCCCCCCAAAGCAUAGACUUCGCUACGUCCCUGAAUGUCAGAAAAGUGGAUAGAAAGAGUCGUAUCACACUAUCAAAAAAAAACCAGUGAUAACGGAUCUCGAUCUUGUCACCACGUAAAUAGGACUCUAAUGUGAUUUGAAUUAUUCUUUACCCUCAAAUCUGGACUCCACUUAUCAAUUGUCAUCCUUUGACCAAGAGCCUAUCAAGAACGCAUGGCAUUGAUGGCAAAGUUCUGCAUUCGUAUUCUAUCAUCGCGUAUUGACAUGUACGGUUGUAGGGAAUAGUUAUUUAUAUUUUCAAUUUAUUGUAAUGAUAAGCAGUUGAACAGCUACCCUCAAAUUUUUGUUUGCAACAUUUCGUUGUUUUUGUGAAUUGCUUGGUUUAAAUACGGAUUUUUAAUACAAUAUGGCAUAGUCAAAUUUUACUUUUUUUGACGAGAAAAAUAUGCUAAUAAAGUUAAAAAAUGAUGUGUAAUAUUCAAUAAAGUUCAUCGAUUCACUGGCGGUUAUGGUGAAGUAGA